GGCAGACCCAGGCGGCUGUAAGAGGCAGAGACAGCCCAGCCCGGUGGGGAGAUGCACCCGAGGCGGCCACAGCACAAGGUUUCAGCUGCUGCGAUGGAGAGUGCAGAGAGCGACAGAGAGGGUGAAAGCAGAGAGAAACCUCAUCCUGUGCCUCCACCUGUCCCGGAAGGCAGCAGCAACCUGCUACUUGAGAAAGGAGGAAUGAAAUCUGCAGCACCGAAAAGCAACAAGCAGCAAUCUCUCUGCACAGAACAUCUGACAGAUACCGUGCUUGCAUCCCAGGGAGGCUGUGAUACCAGUUCAUCUCUGGGAUGGGUGAGAAGCGACCCCUCAACUGCAUAUGACAGCAGCUCCUGGGAGAUACUGUCCACCGAUUCAGAGGAAGAGAAACUCCAGGCGCACAAGACAGGUGCAGAACUUUCAGGAGAUCACUGUGCUGGACAGAAAUCACCCCUGAAGUCCAGAGAUGACACCUCUGCCAGAGCUAAUGAGAAAAAGAUCCUGGGUCACCAGAGAAGAGAGGAACCAGUGGAGCAAAGAAACUGUAACAGAAGAGAUGACCAUGAAAGCAAAGAAAACCUAGGACACAAUAGCAGGACUGGAAGAAAUGAUGCAGAAAAUACUCACCUGCCAGGAGCUGCAGCCAGAGGCUGGGAGAAAUGCAUCUGCCUGGAGAAUCCGUAUCUGUCCAAUGAAAGACUUCGAACAGAAGAAACAAUGACCCUAGAGUUUGUUGCUGUAAUGUCAAAAAAAUCCAGGUUUUCUGAAGAGUCAUCCAAGAUCUGUGUUGCUUUGUACAAGCAACCUGGACAAUACCAGGAAUUUGCUGUUCUGAAAAAAAGAAAAAACGUGAUCGUGGGCCAUGCAAUGAUCCCCAUUUCUGACCUACAGAGAGGACCAAUUUUUUAUAAAUAUGCUAUCCUUAACAAUGUGCUCUCAACUGACUGUGACAUGAGAUUAUGUGAUUUAGAGCAUAUUUGUGGAAUGGACUCCAAGAAUAUAGAGAGUCAAUUACAUCGAGUCAUAAACAUUCCCAAGGAAGAGAUCAAAGCAGAUGGAACAUGGACCAUCUUUGAAAACAUAAAGUGCUAUUUUCAUGAAAAAAAAAAAAAUUACAUCAAAUACUUGCCUGCCUUCAAGUUCUGGUCUUCAACAACAAUGCCCCAAAAGUCAGUCAACUGUAGUAUCAUAGAACACCUUGCAGAUGAAUUUCUCCGGCCCAUCAGGCUCCAGAAUGGCUUUAAGAAUAUAGAAAGGAAACUGAAGAUCUACACGGAGAGCUUCAAAAUCUAUCUCGGGGAUGCUGCAAAAGGCGAACCCUAUUCUCCAACUGAUCUUACUGAGCAAGUGUUGCACGAUAACAUGAUAAAGUUCAUGGACAAGAUUGUUGGAUACCUGGAGGAAGAGGAGCAUAAAGAUGAUGGGCUGCUUUUUGCCUUACACACCUCAUUUUGUUAUAACAUCCCACUAAGCAAAGAGUUAAUAAUCAAGGCUGAAAAACUCUUCCAGGACAUUGGCCCAUUUCAAGGCAAAUUCAAGCAUCUGAGAGGAAAGAGCAAUUACAUUUCCGCUGUGAAGGAAAUUUGCUUAAGUAAUAAAGACAACACCUUGUGUAUUUGGCUGAUUCCAUUGCUGUAUGCAAUCACAGAGAAGACGGAGGACCCCUUUUUUCCACAAACCAUUCCCUUACAACACAUGUUGCAGCUAAGAAAUGAUGAAGAGAAGCAGAGGAAAGUCCUGGCAAUGAUAAAGAUUCACAAGUCAUUCAUUGAAAGCUGCUCUCCACUGGCAAAGACAGUCUUGGAGAUGUUGUCACUGAAGAAUUUCACCAAGGACUCCAUGCUGCAAAUCAAGCUUCCACCUCAGCUCCUCCUGGAUACUGUGUACCAACGCAUUGUUAAAGUCGUCUGUAAACCAUCCCAAGUGCAUGAAACAGAUUUGAAUGGAGUUUUGAACAACAUUGCUGAAAGGAUGGCAUUCUGGUUCAAGGACUUGUGCCUGCCAGGGGGUACAGAGCAGCUGAUGAAGCCCACAAAUAAGGAGGAUAUCAUGCCAUGUGUGAAUUCAACAUAUGCUUUGCUUUCAUUUUCCUUAAAGCAUUGGCAUGCAGUGCCAUUUAGCUUGAUAAUGUCACUGCUACGGAUACUUGACAUGUUUGCUGAAAAAUCAGAUGUGUUGCAAGCAGAUCAGCAAUUUAUCUCAGAAAGGUUCAAUGAGUUCGCAGGUUACGUCAAGGAGUGGCUGGAAAAAUCCUUGCCCAGGCCACCCAUGGAAAAUAGGCAGUUCCUGAAAAACAUUGAUGUGUGGCAUCAGCUGUUCUUGUUUGAGAUCCUCUGUGUGGAAUGGACCCAGAAGUGGCAAAGCCUGCUAUACAGCAUGGUUGAAAGGUGGCUGGCGAAAGUAGAUGGCAGAAAACUUCUGGACUUCUACUUGGAAUUCAUGAAGAAGGACAAGUGCUGGAAUACAAAUCUGGAGACCUGCUUUACAGAGUGUGUCAUUCAAAGGAUUAAAUACUUUGAGAAAAGUGAGGAACCCACAUUAGGAAAAAUGGUUUCCAAAGUCCUCAAGACAGACAGGUCAACUGUUGGGAAAGUGCUUUCUGCUGUUGUUGAGAAAAUAUUCUCAGACAAGAUGAGAACGUUGGAAGAAGUAGACAGAUUUGUUGACAGCACAGGCCCAGUUCUCACAGAGGUGCUCAGCUCUUCUGUGACCUAUGAUCUCUUCUCUGCUGUCAAAAAAUCGGAGCACAAGCUUCAAAAUCAGAUCAAUGAAAAAGCAAAAAUCCUGCUUUCCCAGUUUUCCAAUUUCUUCUGCUUUUUGAGGCAUCGAGUUUUCUCAGGAGACAUCCCCUGCAACGUACUGUCCAUCAUCUUGCAGCAUCAAGUGAUAUUUCAGAAUAUACUGUGCAUCUGCGAUUCCUCUGUCUCCAGCUAUAUAGCAACAGUGCUGAAAGUCAGAAGGGAGGAAUAUGAGCAAUUGGAAGAGCAGAAGAAGCAGAGAUGCUCAUUUCUGCGUCUAUGCAGCAGCAUAGAGGAUGUGAUAAGAGUGGAUAGAAGUGCUGUGAAGAAAAGCAUCAGAAAAAGAGGAAGUUUUAAGGAUCAGAUGUCUGUAAGCAAAUUUUCUGUGAACGGCAAGAAGGAAAGUCCUGAAUUACAUCUCCUUGCUAAAUACAGUGACAUGAUGAAAAAAAUUCAUAUCUUAGAGGAAAGUAAUUAUUUUCGGAGACUGUGGAAGCAAAAAGCAAAGCAAAUCAAAGCCACAAUCCCUGAAGAGAAAAUUCUCUUGAUAGAAGAUGUGCAAGAAAACAUUUAUAAGCCAGCCAUUGCUGACUUUCAGAGUACCUAUCUGGCCCUCAGAGACUUUUCCAUCACCCUUGGGACUGUGCAGAGCCAUUUUGGGAAGCAGUUAGCAAAUGAGAGUCAACUCACAAAGGAGUUUAAAAUUAUGGAGAUGUGUGAAGGGAAAGGGAAUGGAAAAGCUGCCUGGGUAGAUGCUGCAGUGGAGAAGAUUAAAAACUACCUGACCCUGUCUACAGUGGUGAACACUGCCAAGAUGAUUGAUGAACUGCGGAAGACACUUGAGUUUAAUGGAAAUUUUCAGAUUCUCAAUGACCUAACAAAAUAUGAAGAGCCAGAAUUCAGGAAUAAGAGACUUGAUUAUAUGACCCAGGACUUAAUGAAGGUGAAAAAUAGUUUGAGCAACCUUCCAGAAGAGAUGCUGGACUUUUUGAGGGAACUUCUUGAAUGCACAAGGAAAGGCUUUGUCUCCUGGAUCAAAACCAUAAUAAAAGACAAAACAGAAAUCCCUGUAUUUGUGGACCUGGCAUCAAUUUCUGCAGGUGAAAAUGACAUCGAUAUUGACAAAGUGCGGUUCUUCCGUGAUGCCAUGGCUGCUUCAGCACCCAUUAUAUUUGACCUGAGACCCACAUCUGGAUUUGAACAGUUCUCUGCAGCCCUGUCAUUCAUCAGUGAAGCCACUGCAAAAGACAAUAAUCUGCCCAAGAAGUUGAAAGAUUCUUGUAAUAACAGAGACUGGAUACAGAUGGUUCAUGACUCUCAUGGCUCCAUAGAGCGUUCCUCAAUCUCUCAAGCCAGAGACAUCAACAGCAGAGGGAUUUUUAUCAUCUCAGCACCUCAAAAAUGCAAGGCUGCCCUUGAGGACUGUGUUUCAGUGCAACUGCUGCAGGACACCACAGAGGAAGCAUCUCAGACAGAUCAGAAUGCUAAAGAAUACAGCCUGGCUCAGCUCACAGAGCUCCAGAACAAGCUUAUGUUGAUCACCACAAAAGCUGAGCAAGGUAGAGAGGAGGCAAACCGCUUCCUGGAGAUCCUGGAAAAAGUUCAAAUGGUUGGAAAGUUGUACCUGCAGCUUCUCAGUGUUGGAAAUAUCCUCUUCAUAGACUGGAAGGCUGACAUCUACUGCAAUGCCCAACACAGAGUAAAAGUUUACACAGAAUUUGGAAUUGCUGGCAUCCUUGUUCAGAGCACCAGACCUGUCCUGGAGGAGCUGGAUGGCCUUUGCAAAGCAAUGGAGCGCUGCCUGGUAGAGUGGAAGAAAUAUCUGGAGACUCAGAGGGACACCUACUAUCAUCUCAACCUGUUCACUGCACGCCAGCUCUUCGAUUUAUGUAGCCAACUGGCCAAAGCUCACAAUAGUGUAAUAGAGCCACAGAUUCUUAAUAUGCUUUCUGUCAUAAAGCAUGACGUUAAAGCAGAAGAUAUUAGAAAAGCCCUGGAGCAAGCCCUCAUGACACCAGUUGACCCUGUCAACACAUCAACAGGAGACAAGAAGUCUGUUACCUGGCAUGACUAUGUCAUUCGUUUUCCCCAGCUCAUCAAAAGCCUGGCUGAAUCUGGCUAUGAUACAUCAGUGGCAAAGGCAGCACUGCAGAGCUGCCUUCCAAACUCUGACAUUACAGAGCAGAAGCUCAUGAGUUUUGCCUUUAAACGACGCAAUGACAAGGAAGAGGUUGAAAAUCUGAGCAAAUUAUAUGAUGAGCAGCGAGCAGCCUUCCUGCAGAAGUCAAGCAAGUUUAAAAACAAGAACAUGGAUGUUGACCAGGCAACUUUUAGCACCCUUGCAGCAGAUGAACUGGCCACUUCCUUUGAGAGUUUGCCAUCCAUCUGUGACAAGGUGAAUCUGCUCUGGGAUGCUUACUGUAAGAAAUUCACUGGCCUUGUGUCAGACAAAUACAUCAGCCUGGAUGUCUUCGGUGAAACACUGAAGCAGUUAGCAGCUCUUGAAACAACAUGUGUCAAGAGAAGUUUACCAGUAGGCCUCGAAGCCAGCAAACCUUCUCUUAUCAUGUGUAAAGAAGAGGAAAUGUUACUCUACAUGCUCUCCGUUUACAGACGCACCAAGACAGCACCUCUCCCAACAUAUGAUGAGGUCCUGGUGUGCACACCCGACACAGAGGAGGAAGAAGUGGAGCUGAUUGUUAGGAGAGCUCUUUCAUCUGAUUCUCAAAACCAGAAAAUCUACUGCUUGCUGGGUGCUGAGAAAUUAGCAUACAAAGUUUCCAAACAACUGGAGUCCCACUUCUUCCGCUUGCUGCAAUCUUCUACAGUCCCUGACUAUAGGUUCAUUAUCUUUUGCAAUGCCAAAGCUCACAAUUCUUAUGUUAUCACAGCCUUCGACACCUACAAAGUUACUAUCCCAUGCUACUCUAUGACAGAAAUCCAGGCAUACCUGAGCACGCAUCUCAAAGUGCCUUGUGGGACAGCCCCUGUUGCUCAGGCCUUCGAAGAACCCUAUCAGCAGAACGUGAAGUUCAUAUUUUCAGAUCAAGCAGGAAUGGGGAAGUCUCUCUUCGUGGACAAUACCCUCAAAAAGAUCCGUGCCCAGCUGGGUGAUUUACCAGUGGUUCACAAAACUAUUAGGCUGAUGGAGUCAGAGAUUGAUUUCCAGUUCCUUCUGGAGGAGCUACUCUCUGUCGAGGAACUUCCAACUGAAGCUCAGCCAACUGUCUUCCAUAUCGAUGUGUCACCAGCGGUGUCAACAGGUCUCUACCGGCUGCUGGUUGAGCUAUGCAUCCUAAGACACAUCCAGAGUCCCAGUGGCUUAGUCUGGAAGUGCAAAUCCUCUCAUCUUUACUUGAUUGAGUAUCUGGCAAAAGGAAGAGGUGUUAGCAGAACAAGGAAACAAGAGAUGUCCAGUGAAACAGAAGAAAAGUUCCUGGAUCUUUUUCCUGCAGUGAAAUGUGUAUCACCAAUGCGUGUACUUGACUUGCUGGAACACCCCAGCUCUGGUCGUCUUUCUGAAAUGAAAGAAGAGCAGUUUGACCGAGACAAGUUAAAGAGUGAAGCUUUCCAGAGGUCUUACCAGUACCUCAGCAGAUAUAAGAGGGGGGAAGACCUUGACCAUUUCCUUUUCAUCCCUGAGAGGACUGAAGGGACAGAGGAAGAGUGCCUGAAGCUCUUACUGGAGUUCUGUGGGAGACACAACCCUUCCUGGACUGAGCUUAGCAACUUCACUCAUUUCCUAAACUUCCAGCUAAGCAAGUGUGAGAAAUCAGUUUUCUGUAGCCCAGCAGCUGGAGAGGAUUUCCAGGGGUUUAAAACAUUUGUGGUAAAGUUCAUGGUCACCAUGUCCAAGGACUUUGCCGUGCCUUCUUUUGACAUCUCUGAUGAAAGUGUGCCAAGUGCAGAAAAUGAUGAUGAGGAAAACAGCAUUAUAAGACAGUACCAGCUAAGACGAAAAUGGGAACAAGAGUCCCACCCCUAUAUAGUCUUCCAUGCAGACAAUGACUCCAUGGAGUUCUUGGGUUUCCACAUCAGCAAUAACUUGGAUGCUAUCGAUGCCCAUUCUCGAGCUGUUUUAGAAAGGAAUGUUAUCAAAUAUAAAUUAUACCGCACUUUGAAAGCCCAGCAUGUUCCUUUCAAUAAGAACUUUGAAGACUUGCCCAGAACAAUGCAGCUGGAGGCCCUCUGCAGAGUUUUUGGUGUAAGCUACACCCAAGAUCCAGAUGAAUCAUAUCAGCUGACACUGGACAACACCAUGAAGAUGCUUGCCAUUCACCUGCGGUUCCAGUGUGGGAUCCCUGUAAUCAUCAUGGGUGAAACAGGUUGCGGGAAGACAAAGCUUGUGCAGUUCAUGUGCAGCCUGCAAAGGGCAGGCAGGGACAUUCAGAACAUGGUGGUGGUACGUGUGCAUGGUGGCACUACCUCCAAGACCAUCCACAAGAAAGUUAGGCAGGCAAUUGAGCUGGCACACACCAAUGAAGAAAGGCACAAAGUGGACACCGUACUCUUUUUUGAUGAAGCCAACACAUCAGAAGCUAUCUUUGCAAUCAAAGAGGUGCUGUGUGAUCACAGUGUAAAUGGAGAGAAGAUUCUCACUGACCGUUUGAAAGUAGUAACUGCUUGCAACCCUUACAAAAGGCACACCAAGGAAACUGUAGAGAAACUUGAAAAAGCUGGCUUGGGGUACCGAGUCCGGAGUGAAGACACACUGGAGAAACUAGGCUACAUUCCUUUGCGGCAGCUGGUGUAUCGGGUCAAGCCCCUUCCACCUAGCUUAUUGCCUCUUGUCUGGGAUUUUGGACAGCUGAAUGAAAAGACACAGAGCCUGUACAUCAGAGAGAUUGUAAAGUCCACCAUGAAGAACAAGAUCGCCAUUGGAAAUUUGGACGUCUUUACCAGUGUCAUUUCAGCCUCCCAGAAGUUCCUCAGGAAGAAGAAGGAUGAAUGCAGGGUUGCCAGUCUUCGGGAUAUAGAGCGCUGCAUGGGCAUUGCACUCUGGUUUUAUAAAUUAAGAGACCUGCUAUUUCCUCAGAUUGAUAAGAAGAAGUACAAAAAGGAACAGGAGCCAAUCUUAAAUGAUGCAGAAAGGGCCUUGAUCCUUUCAGUGGGAGCUUGCUAUUAUGUAUCUCUGGAGAGCCGCAAAGAUUACCUGGAGGAGGUCGCGAAAUGCUUUUCUGUCCCUGCAUCCCUGCUGCAGCAAGAGAUUGAGCUUUGCCAAGAGGUAUUUCUUGAUAACCUCUCUAUUCCUGAAGCAACAGGCCGCAAUGAUGCUCUGAGGGAAAACAUCUUCAUGUUAGUUAUGUGCAUGGACCUACGAGUUCCACUCUUUCUGGUUGGGAAGCCAGGAAGCUCAAAAUCCCUGUCUAAAACCAUUGCUGUGGAUGCCAUGGUGGGCAGGCUGUCCCAAAACCAGUUGUUCAAAAGAUGCAAGGAGAUCCAGCUGAUGUCUUUUCAGUGCAGUCCCCAUUCAAAGCCAGAAGGGAUCAUCUCCACUUUCCGACAAUGUGCACAGUUCCAGAAGGGGAAGAAUCUGGAUGAGUUUGCGUCUGUGGUCCUCCUGGAUGAGAUUGGCCUUGCAGAAGACUCACCAGAGAUGCCACUGAAGACACUGCACCCUCUUCUUGAAGAUGGUUGUGUUGAUGAUGAAAACCCAGAAUCUUACCAAAAAGUUGGCUUUGUGGGCAUUUCAAACUGGGCCCUAGACCCUGCCAAAAUGAACAGGGGUCUUCUAGUAUUUCGGACUGAUCCUAGCAAAGAAGAGCUAGUUAAAACCGCAAAGGGCAUCUGUGCUGCACAGCCUCACCUUGAAAGCAUUGAGGAUUUGUUCCCUUUGCUGGCAGAAUUCUACUGCAAGGUGCUAAAAACACAAAAAAAUGAGUUCUUUGGGCUCCGUGAUUUCUACAGCUUGAUCAAAAUGAUACUGUCCUACACCCAGGACAAGAAGUGCAAUUCUCAAGAGGAGAUCAUUAUAAAGGCCAUUCAGAGAAACUUUGGAGGCUCCAGUGAUAUCAAUCCUGUUGAGCUCUUCCGAAACUGCAUCAGUGAGGUGUAUCUUCCCCCUGACUUGGAAACCAGCCACACACUUUGUUUGCUGAAGGAAAAUAUGGGCAAACAGCGGGCAGGACUCAUGUCUCGAUAUCUCCUGCUGCUGACAACCAACCACGCAGCUUUCCACAUCAUCCAGAUGGCACAGCUUAUAGAUACUGAGAACUGUGAAAUCAUAUUUGGCUCUGGUUUUCCACAGGACCAAGAUUAUUCCCAGGUAUGCCGGUCUGUCAGCAGAGUGAAGAUCUGCAUGGAGACAGGCAGGCCUGUUGUUCUUUUAAAUAUACACAACCUUUAUGAGAGCCUUUAUGAUGCACUCAACCAGUGCUUCGUUAGUCUGGGGGGAAAUUACUAUGUGGACCUGGGUCUUGGCACUCACAGAGUGAAGAGCCGUGUGAAGGACGAGUUCAGACUCAUUGUGAUAGAGGAGAAGAAUGUAGUCUACACCCAGUUCCCCACCCCACUGCUGAACCGCCUGGAGAAGCACUGCUUGGACAUGAACACCAUUCUGAACUGGCAGCAGCAACAGCUGAAGCAGGACCUGCAGACCUGGGCCAGGCUGUUUGUCUUCAUUGACAGCAGCAAGUUCUCCAAGGUUUGGUCCACCAAGCUGAACCCCAAGGAACAGGAUGUCUUCAUCGGUUUCAGCAAUGACACAUCUGCAGCUGUUGCUUUGCAAAGCACUCAGAGUAGGUCCUGGGGAGACUUUGAGCCCUAUGAAGAGCCAGUGUUCUCUAUUGCCAAAAGGAAACUUGUUCAAGGUGCAACCCCUGACUCCAUCCUGCGCCUUAAAUACUCCCUUGUGGAUGAUGCUGAGCAGAUCCAAGACUUGUACUUCCACAAGCAGAAGCACAACAGCCUUGUCAGCGUUUUGAGAGAGACAGUUAACUGGCAGCCAAGGAAAGAGGGGACUGCUGGGCUCUGUCUGCAGGUUUCUACGCAUGCAAGACUUCUAAAUGAGAGAGAUUUAGAAGAGAUAAAGAAGACACUUAACCUUCAAAAUAAAAUCCACUGCCUCUUUCUAAGCCAGUUUGACACCGAAUACACUUUCCGCCAGGAACUCAGGAAUUUUUUUGCACAAUCAUCAGAAGAGAAAUUGCUCCUCAUCCAGUUUCACUUUGAUGAGCCACAGAGCAGCAAAAGGCUUCUAGCUUGUGCCAAGUACUGUAUCACAGAUGAGAGAAAGAAAUCAACAGGCACAGGCUCAUCACAUGUUGUGCUGGCCACUCAAGUCCCGCGAGUUCUGGGAGGCUGCGGCUACAUGGCAUUUGACAGUGGUGAAUGGAUGUCGAUCCACUUGGAUGAUCUGAUGCCCCCAGAAAACUUUACAGCCAAUCUAGGCCAUCUCGCCAAAAUGACUAUUGCUGAGAUUUUCAUGACCACUUUCCAGGAGCAUCUCCCAACAGGUUCUCCAGAGGAAUCUGCUGCUCUUGAAGAUCCAGCCAAGUCUAGUCUUCUUCCAGAAGGAAAUCUCCUCAGCAUGGACUCUAUGAUCAAACAGAGCAUCCAGAAAGCUGUGAUCCAGCUGGAGGACAAGGCAGACAACAGUCGGCGUGCCACUGAGAGAAUCAUGAUCAUUCACAACUUGCUUUUCCAGGAUCAUAGUAGAACCACGUUUUAUAGUCAUUUUAUGACUGUGCUGAAAAGGAGAAUUUGCAACCUCCUACAAGAACGUGAGAAAAUAAGCCUUGAACCAAGGGACUGGGUUUUCCGCAGAGCUGUCUCCAGUGAGUUCAUCCUUGAAGACACUUCAUUCAGGCAUGCACUCUGGAUGCAUUUAGAAGACAUCGUGGCCAAUCUAUUUGCUCAAAUUCUCGCAGUGGUGGAUGCAAACAACAAUCUGGAUCAUCUCUCUCCACUGUCUCCAUUCUCAGAACUGUGGCUUCAGAUGUUUAAAGAAGAAUCCUUCUUGAGAAUUAAAUAUACCAGCAAGAAACAAGAUGCUAGGAUUUCUGUGUUGUCAAUGACUGAAGACCCCAACACAUCUGUCUUUUGCCAGUUCCCAUUCAGUUGGGUUUUGAAGGCCUACCUGGAGGAGCUAUGGGAGAGAGUCUAUAAUAUGAAAGGUCAUCCAAAAGUGCCUAUGAAGGAACCAGCCAAAUUGUUCCAAACACUGAUCAAGGAUGUGUUGAUGCCAGAUGGCAGUAAUUCAAAGAUGAUGCAGUGUUACACAAAUGACUUUCUAAGGAUGACUUUUCCUGGGCAAGAUCUUUCUGUCUAUGAGAUUCUGUCAAAAGCUCUCCUAGUCAAUGCGAAACAGCUCUGCUCUUCUGUGGGGCAGAAGGAGAUAAGUUUUUCCCCCAUUUGGCUUCAUAUAGAAUAUUUCUACCUACGAGAGGAGUAUCAACUCUUUGUUGACUUGGUAAAAAGUGAUGAGACUGUAACAAGCGAGCUGCAAAAAAUGUACAAGAAGGACCCACCAGAAACGUUUCAGUUUGUCACUCUUGACACCUUGAACAUUCUCCUGAAGAAGGUGCAGCCCACAGAUAAUCUUCUGUCAUUUGAGGCCUGUACAAAAUGGCUUAGAAGGGUCAAGUCCAUUAAGCCCUGGAUGGAGUGGAUCAGUAUGGACAAUUACCAGAUUCACCUUUGCCAGAAGAAAAGGGAACUCCUGAGGAGUGUGUUACACCAGUGGACCUGCACCAACAUUGUCUACAUGUUCUUUGACCACCUGCUGCACAAUGAGACACAAAUAGAUGAGAAGCUUCUGAGACUUCUUGUGAAGCAGUUCAUCUUCACCUGGAAUUGCCUGACUGAAACACAAAAUUUUGAGCCAGCAGAAACUUUUAAGUUGGUGACAGAAGUACUCAAGAUAUGCAACCAAAAUGCUGACACUGUGUACCUUGUGAAGGGUGUGAAGGACUGCAAGAGCUGUCUACUGGAGAUCACUGACCCAGCAGAGCUGCCCUGUGGCCACAUUUUCUGCUCACAGUGCAUCUGUGAGUGGAGAAGCAAGCAGUGUAAGAUCUGCAAGGCUAACUUCCCAGAGGACUACACACCCACAGCUACAGUGGCCACAAGGGAAGCUGUUGCAUGUCAUAACAAAUUCAGGAGGAAAUGUAACUCCUUCUUUGUGGAGUUUGUUACCACCUCUGUCUUGGGAGACAGAGGCACACCAUCCCCAGAAGUCAUCACUCGACUGAUCCAAUUUGUGGCCUGCAAGCCAUCCAGCCCUGAGCACCAGGCAGUAAAAAGGGUGUGCAAGUCAAAAAGUGAGCUGUCACCCUUUGAAGAGUGCAUGGACACCAGUCCAACAAUCAAGUCCUCCCUCUUGAAACUGCUCCUGCGACAUGGGUUCAACAACAUAAAGGUUCACCUGGAAACAUAUCUUUCUGAGAUGGAGGAAAAGAUAACCAUCAACAAAAGCAACUGGAACCAUUUCUACUUCAUGGUGGUGCAUUGUCUGGAGGAUUUUAUGUAUCCUUCGCAAGAUGAUGUCAACCAGCUUGCUGAAAGCUGCCUCUCUACUGCAGACCUUUCUGCUUUCUGCUCACCCAAGGCCUCAAAAAUUGACACCCUCCAGUUCAUAGCCCGUCUCCGGUUCUCCAUCAGCCACGUGGCCACUGUGCUUGGCAGACAGGUCCUCUGUGCUGCAGAUCCAAACAUACUGUCUCCUGGUGGGAACAAGCAAGAGGAGCAAGACGUGGUGAAUGCAAUGAAGAAGCUGGUGGCAAAUGCACAGACACCAUGGCCUCAAAUAUUCCUCAUUAGAAAUCUCUAUAACAACUAUGGGUUCAUCCCAAUGCAGAAGAUUCUUCAGGCAGAAAAAUGGAUUUUACCCAGAGGGGUUGAAAAUUCACAGCAUAUGGGUGCCUGCUCAAAUAUAACACUGAUGUUUUUGGUGCUGGACAGAGCAGAAAAUCAAAUAAAGAACAAAAAUCCCAAGGAAGCCCAGAGACUGAUUCCUGUCAUAAGACAAAUGGAAAACAUCCUCCAAACAGCAUUGCUCCCCAAAGAGCCUCUGGAAAACAAGAUGAAGAAGAUUGUGGAUGCUCUGUGCAGACACAAAAACAAGGUCUUGAUGGAGGUGGUGUUUCACACUGCACUUACUCUGGCCCUAUCCCAAACUCCCCUCACUCAACUUUUCAGAAAUAUCUGCUUUAAGCCUCAUGUGGUGAAGGGGUCCUACCUUCCCACCAUGCCUGGAGACCUGCUUUUUGACCAGAAGAACUGGAAAAUUGGUCAAUAUGAUACACCUUGGACUUGUCAGUGUGGAACAUACUGGAUCAUCACCAAUUGUGGGCGUCCCGGGGAAGUCAAACAAUGCCUAUGUGGUGCCAAAGUUGGAGGAAUUAAUCACAAACCUGAGAGAGGUUUUGUGAGGAAGGAAAUCACAGAGGAUAAAACAGGAAAAGGAUACAUCCUUGGGAGCCCUUCAAUACGGACAAUUGAAUUGGAGAGAGACCUGUCGCCUGCCUCUGUCUGUCUUGCAAGAGCUCUGCUGCAUUCAUCCAUGCUGCUGGGGAUCUAUACAGAUAAACAGGCAAUUCUGAGUCUGAUGGCAGAGAAGCCAAAGGAUGUGGCAAAAUUCUUCUGGGACCACCUUGAAAAAGAUAUUGAAUGCCUGGCAGAGGCACUUAGCAGAAACACGGAGGAUGCCACAGUGACUGUCCAUCUGUUUCUCCAGCACUUGAACAACUGUAGAACAGGACAAAACACGGCCUUGAAUAUUUUGCUUAAGCAAGAAGACCGAAGACAGUGGGAAACCUGCUUUAAAACCCUGACUCAGCCAUUCUUCCAGGCCUUGGAGCAGAGCCUUACUUCUGUCAAGCAGCAGAGGAUGAGAGAUCCUCAGGGCUCCAACCUGCUCCUACAAAUAGCUUAUGGCCAGAUGACUCCUUUCAAAGACCAGCCAAACCUUGGACUGAUUGGCCUGUCCUACAUGUGGAGAUUUGAACAGAAGACAUCCAUCCAGACCCUGAUGCAUCUCCUUCAGCAAGAACACAAAGAGGGUGAAGGAAACCCCUACCCUGUUCUUCUGGAGCUCAUGUCUAAGCUCCAAAACAUCCAGCAUGUCCAACACCUGCCUGACAUUUUCAGUCUGCAGAAAGCUCUGAUCCACUUCUUCCAGAACAGCCAUGGAGGGGAAAUAUACUCAGUACAACAGUUUCUAGACCAACAUGGUUCAGAGGACCAGCGUUCAGCUUUCUGCCGAGCUAUAGGGACCAUCCAGAAAGUCUGGAGCAAUAUCAGAAUGAAACCACUAUGCUCAGAUGUCAGAGUCCCCCCGGACCUGUUGCAAAAGGACAUCAAUGCCAACACUGCUGUCCUGAAACUCCUCCCAACUCCACUUUCUAUUGGUUACCUUGUGACGAGGCUUCUCAUACAGCUCCAGAACAGUUGUGUGGACACAGCUACACGGAUCACAAACGAACAGCAACGGAUCAUCUCUGCAGAAGAAGUGAAACCAUCUUCAGUGCUGAAGAUAACUGAGAAUGAUCUGAUCACUGCGACACUGGCCAACUCCCAGUAUGUGAUAGAGGAAGACGGCACCAAGACAACCCAUUUUGACUUCCAGACACUGCAGCGGCAAGUGAUCCAACGUUUUAUCAGUGGGAGACCUAUCAUCAAAGCUCAGACGGCUCCAUCCUUUACACUGAACAGCAUGAAGACCCUGCAGCACACAAAAACAAAAGUGAGAGAACAGCUGCAACAGGAAUCACUAAGUGUGAACCAGCUGAAACGGAUCAUGGCAGAAGCCCGAUCAGUGAAUGCUAUUUCCCAGACGCUUGCCACCUUGAAAGUGGCUGCUGAGUUUCUGGCCGUGACUGGUGGGGACCCAGAGCGCCAGUUGUCUGAGUAUGUAAAAAAUGAGCUGAAGAUGGAUGCAGGUGUGGAACAGUUCAGAGACUUGCCGGUGGUACCAAACACUCAACUGAAGCACAUCCUGUCUCUGUGGCAGACGUUGUCGGCAAAGAGAUCUGUGCUGCUGGUGCAGAUGAAUCAGAAUCCCUUCUGCCUGGUUUCUGAGCAGUACCAUGAGGAGUUGAGUGCAGAGCAGGAGAAGGCUCUGACUACUGCGCUCUGCACAGUUAACCUGGAUUUGUUCCUCAUUGAGCUCCACGAGAUGAUCAUUGUGCCUCUGGAUAGCUUUGAUCCACAGUGGGGGCUAAAGGAAACUUUCAGAUCCUUCCUGGAAGACAGGCAAGAUGAUGCCUCCAUUGCAAACCUGACAGGCACUUUGAGUCCAGACCUACUACUGAAGGAUGUUGUUUCCGUCUGGAAGACAGCUGUGAGGAUCAGCAAACUUCAUAGCCCUACUUACAUCCAGGAGAGACCAACCUAACUCUUGCUUAGUCCCCCAGGAAUUAACUUACCUGCAGCUUCUCCAACCCACUUGUCAGCGCCCUGAGUGCCUUAAUUGUCCUGACCAACCUCACCAAGGCUUUUCACCCAUGCACCCACUGUCCACUGGUCCAGGAGCUCCACUUAAGCUCAGCCCUGGGCCUUCUGUCCCUGCCUGAGCUAUGUUGUAGGUGCAUUGGUGUACAACCCUGUGCCCUGACAAUCCUGAUUUGCUCACUAGCCUUCCUGCUUUGACCUUGGACCUGUCUCAUCACCUCACCUUGUUUGAUGAUCAUUGGGCAGUCAACAGAAUCUGGCUCUGCCCAGGUUCUGUGGGACUGUGCCUGGUCAUUGGGGACACUCUCCUGCCUUUUCUGGGGUCACCCUCUGCUCCCAGCUCAUUUUCAUGUGUGGAACGGCCCCACACCUGCUGCUCCCUGACAAAAAAUCUCCCCACCAACCAUUCAGUUAUUUGCCAAUUUAUUGCAUCUAAGUUUCAGAGCAGGUUACCAAAAAACAAUCAACUGGAAAGGUGGAGGGAAAGGGAACCUCAUUUAAUGCUUAGUAAUGUAUUUGUGCUUUUUUCCUAAUAGCUGUGAUGAUAGCAUAUUCAAGGCAGCAAAAGCAAUGUAAGCAAAAAUACACCUAGAAAUAAAAGCAAAAGCAAGAAACA